UUGUAGAACAGGCACUUUACAUCAUACUUCAGUUCUAUGCUACCAGGAAUGGAUUCAACACUUCAAAAGUGUGUCGCGCGAAAGCAUAUGAGAAGCUGCGGGCCGUCAGAUGAGACUAUACACUAGGGUUGAGCGAGAGGCGCUGGAGUUUUCGCGAAGGUUAGAAAGGAUUCCUUGCGGCAUUGGAAUGGGUCCCGGAAAUGCGCUAGCAGCAGCUGUCUAAAUGAUGUGGUUCUGCUACAGUCUUCGAGCUGCAUGGAGAUCUUCUGCUCAAAGAGAUGGUAGACACUUUUCCAGGAUAGCGAAGCAGACUGAAGAGCGGCAAAGAGUGUCGGACUUGCUCGCAGCUUUGAAGGACGCCAACAAAUCCAGGGACUUGGAAAAAGCAAGGAAAAUCCACGCAGAUGCUGUCGCGAGUAAGGACGACAAGAACAUCUACGUAGCUAGCAGCUUGGUGAGGUUGUUUUCGAAAUGCGGGAGCAUGGUGGAUGCUCGCAACGUGUUCGACAAAAUACCGCGGCCGAAUGUGGUUUCCUGGACAUCACUGAUUUCCGGCUAUGUUCUCGAUGGCAAAAGCGAGGUAGCUCUGGACAUGUUCUCUCGCAUGCAGACUAAAGGCUGUGCUCCAGACGCUCAGACUUUUGCUGCCGCACUCAAGGCUUGCACGGGGAUGGCUGCAAAAGAAGAAGGCAAGCUUGUCAAGGGGAGAGUUGUGAAGCCGAAAGCUCUUCAAACAGGGAUCGCUAUACACUCUCAAGUUAAAAAGAGCAGCUGCGACGCAGACGUGAUCCUGGCCAACACACUUAUUGAUUUCUACACGAAGUGUGGAAGCAUGGCUGAAGCUAAGGAGGUUUUCGACGGGAUUCAGAAGCCGGAUGUGGUGUCCUGGACGUCAUUGAUACUGGGAUAUGCACAGAAUGGGGAAGGACAAGUAGCUUUGGACUUGUACCAAGACAUGAAGUCCAGCGGGUGUUCACCAAAUGGUCAGACGUUUUUGGCUGCUCUAAAGGCCUGCACGGAUCUGGCAGCAAAAGAAGAGAGCAGCAAGGUUGAUGGAAGUCUGUUGCGAGUCUCCACGUUGGCCAAAGGCAGGGAAAUACACUCAGAAGCUACAAAGAACAGGUUCGACUCAGACAUCUUCGUUGCGAACACGCUCAUCGACAUGUACGCGAAGUGUGGGAGCAUGACUGAAGCGAUGAGCGUAUUUGAGAGGAUUCCACGACGAGCAGUGGUGUCCUGGAACGCGCUGAUGCUGGGCUAUGUUCACAACGGGCAGGCAGAGGUGACCUUUCGUCUGUUCGAAAGGAUGAGAUCGGAAGGAUGUGCACCAAACGGCCAGACUUUUGUUGCUGCUCUCAAGGCGUGCUCUGGCUUGGCUGCCAAAGAGGAAGGCGAGCAAGUCGACAGCAAAGUCGUGAAAGUAUGGUCGCUACAAAGAGGCAUAGAAGUCUACUCUGCGGCAUCAAAAUGCGGCUUCGACUCGGAUAUAUAUGUGGCAAACACGGCAGUGGACAUGUACGCGAAGUGUGGGAGCAUGAGACACGCUCGAGAAGUCUUUGAGAAGAUUUUGCAUCCGGACGUGAUUUCCUGGACGGCUCUGGUAUCGGGAUUUGCUCAAAACGGUGAAGGUGGUGUAGCUCUGGAGUAUUUUGAGCGCAUGCAAGCUCAAGGCUGUCCGCCGAAUGGCCAGACUUAUGUGGCUGCUCUCAAAGCUUGCAUCGACCUGGCCACCAACGAAGAUGCAAAGCUGGUGGAAGGAAAGCUUGUGAAAGCUGGCUCGUUGGAGAAAGGGGAAGAUGUUCACUCUCAAGCGGCAAAGCGUGGCUACGAGUCGGACAUAUUUGUGGCCAGCGCUUUGAUCGACAUGUAUUCCAAGUGUGGGAGCAUGGCGAGUGCUCGAGAGGUUUUCAACGGGAUGAAGCGGCGGGACGCUGUGGUCUGGAAUGCACUCAUGCUGGGCUUCGCUCUAAACGGUGCCAGUGACGAAGCCUUGGAGCUGUUUACUCUCAUGCAAUCCCAAGGCUGUGAUCCGGACGCUCAAACGUUUGCUGCUGCGUUGAAGGCCUGUUCCAGCUUCCUGAGUGAAGACGGUAAAGCGGACGACGAGAGGACAAAGAGAGCUUUGGAGAAAGCUUCGUUGAUCCAUUCCCAAGCAGCGAAGUUUGGGUUUGACACGGAUAUAUUCGUCGCGAGUAUGCUGGUCGAUCUCUACGCAAGGUGUGGAAGCAUGAGAGAAGCUCGUCAAGUUUUUGAAAGAAUACCCCGGAAGAAACAUAACGUGGUCUCGUGGACUACCUUGAUCGCCGGCUAUGCUCAGAACGAUGAACCGGAAGACGCUCUCGAGCUGUUUCAACGGAUGCUGGUCGAAGGCUUUGCACCAAAUGCUCAAACUUUCUUGGCAGCACUGAAGGCCUGUGGAAGUUUGGCAGCUCUGGCAAUUGGGAAGGCAAUUCACUCGACUAUUUCCAGAUAUGGAGCUGAAGGCGUUGCAUCCGUGUCCAACACUCUCGUGCUCUUGUAUGGUAAAUGCGGGAGUAUCACUGGUGCUGAGCAAGUUUUCUACUCGACUACCGCGAAGGACGUCGUGACUUGGAACGCACUGAUGGCGAGCUAUGGUCACUUGGGAGACACAGCGGCUUUGUUCCGGCUGAGCCAACAAAUGCUGGAGGAAGGCUUAAAACCGGACGGGAUUACUUUCAACUUCAUCCUCACUGCGUGCAGCCAUGCCGGCUUGGUCGACAAAGGGAAGCACUACUUCCAGGCAAUGAGCUCGUCGGAGUAUGGAGUAACUCCAGAUCUGGAGCACUAUCACUGUAUGGUGGACUUACUCGGGCGUGGAAACAAGCUAGACGAGGCUGUCGAGAUGGCGAAAACGAUGCCGUUCAAGCCGAGCGUGAUCACUUGGACGACCAUCUUAGCAGCAAGCAGGAAAUGGAAGAAUGUUGCGGCUGGAAAGCUCGCCUUUGACGAGCUGCUUUCGCUGAACGAGAAACAAGCUGCAUCGUACGUGCUUAUGGCAAACAUCUACGCUGCUGCUGGAAUGUGGGAGGAGAAGGCCAAAGUUCAUGCGAUGAGGAAGGAUGCGAAGGCUUGGAAGAAGCCCGGACAGAGCUGGUGGACUGACGAGCGUGGAAUCAUCCAUAAGUUUGUAGCCGGAGACAGAACUCACGCGCAAAGGGACGAGAUUGGCGAGAAGUUGAAGCUUCUCGAGGCUGCUAUCAAGGAUCAGGGGUACGUUGCGGACGUAGGAGCCGUUGCAUGGGACAUUCCGGACGAGGAUAAAGAGGAGUCGCUUUGCGGCCACAGCGAGAGGCUGGCUAUCGCCUGUGCUCUCGUGAAUUCUCCAGCAGGAACAACGAUUCGUAUCGGCAAGAAUCUGCGUGUCUGCGAGGACUGCCACAAGGCAACGGGCUUCAUCUCCAAGGUGGAAAAGCGAGUCAUCGUUUGCCGAGACGCCAGCCGGUUUCAUGUUUUCGAGGAUGGAAAAUGCUCUUGCGGAGAUUUUUGGUGAGCGAAAGAGGGCUGUGGAAGGAGGAAGCCAAGUUUUUCUUCCUGGAAUGAGGUAUGUGGGUGUUUUCCAUUAAGCUCCUCUAGCUCAAGGGCAACUCAUUUCACACUUUCC